AAUUAGGAAGUUAUUGAAUUUUAAAAAGAAUAAAAUCAGAGCACCUGUUGUCCCUAUGCUGUUGCUCAAAUUGUGUGUUCGUACGUUCGCUUACCUUCCGCACAUGUGCCGGGGGCAGCCACCAAUCAAAUCGGGGGUGGCCACAGCCAAUCAAAUCCAAUAAAAAAUCUUGACUUUUGAUUCAACCAAUUAGCGUUCAAUAUUUGGCGUGGGUGCUAAGAUGGGGACAUUUUUAAUCAGUUGCAACAGGGAGCCAUAACGUGCUGGGUGCGAUUUCGAUUAUUGGAAGUUUAUUGUAUUAUUUAAUUCUAAAAAUAAGGAAACAUUAGAGAACAGAGGAACCCACGACGUAUUCUGGUUCCUGACUCGGAGUAAGCCAUGAGCCGGAAUACGAUAUUGUGAUAGUGGGUGGCGGGAUUGUAGGCAUGGCCACAGCUCGAGAACUGGCACUCAAGCACCCACAUCUAAAACUUAGUGUCGUGGAGAAGGAAGACAAGCUUGCUUUCCAUCAAAGUGGACACAACAGUGGUGUGAUUCAUGCAGGGAUCUACUAUAAGCCUGGCUCUCUCAAAGCUCGACUGUGUGUUGAAGGCUUACAACUUGCUUAUGAAUACUUAGAUAAAGAAGGAAUACCAUACAAGAAGUGUGGAAAGUUGAUUGUUGCUGUAAAUGAUAAAGAAGUGGGCAGGUUACUAGACCUCUAUGACCGAGCCAUCCAUAAUGGUGUGCCUGACGUAGAGCUUAUUGAAGGAAACGAGAUAAAGAAAUAUGAACCCUAUUGUCAGGGUGUAAAGGCAAUCUGGUCCCCUCAUACUGGCAUUGUUGACUGGGGAUUAGUGACAGAACACUAUGGAAAAAACUUCCGUGAUUGUGGUGGUAGUAUUUAUCUUGACUUUAAGGUUACAGACUUCCAGCUCACAGAAGACAGUAAAACUGGGACAACAGCUGCAGAGUAUCCCGUCAAAGUCAUCAGUAAUGGAAGGGCUGUGCGUUGCAAAUAUGUGUUGACUUGUGGUGGCUUGCAGUCAGACAAGUUAGCGAAGCUUUCUGGAUGCUCCGAGGAUCCCAGGAUUGUGCCUUUCCGAGGAGAGUACCUCCUUCUGAAGAAAGAUAAAGCCCACAUGGUGCGAGGGAAUAUAUACCCAGUACCAGAUCCUCGCUUCCCAUUUUUGGGUGUGCAUUUCACCCCAAGGAUGAAUGGUGACAUAUGGUUGGGCCCCAAUGCAAUUUUUGCUCUCAAACGAGAGGGAUAUCGAUGGCUUGAUAUUGACACGAAGGAACUAUGGGAAUCUGUUACAUACCGAGGAUUUCAAAAGUUAGCACUGCAGUACCUUGCGUUUGGGUUCAAAGAAGUGUUAUUUUCAGCAUUCCCAAGACUUCAGGUGGCAACACUACGUAAAUAUAUCCCAGACAUCUCAGCAUCUGACAUAUCCCGUGGUCCAGCUGGUGUACGAGCCCAGGCCAUGAAUGUUGAUGGAUCGCUAGAAGAUGACUUUGUUUUCCACAGGGAGUCUGGAUCGGCAUUAGGUUCCCGUAUUCUCCAUUGUCGUAAUGCUCCAUCCCCGGGUGCCACAUCUUCACUUUCUAUUGCUAAGAUGAUUGCUGACAAAUGCAGAACAGAAUUUUCACUCUGAGAAACUAGCUGUUAGCUUUUAUGAUUUAUGGUGUUUUUAUAAUUGAGAAAGUCAAUGGGUAUUUCGGUACAUGUGCAGGUGCAAUAAAUUUUCACCACUAUCCUGUCUUCUGCUAUAUUUCAGUUACUGUACAGCAUUAUGGUUUUUUUAUCAUUAUAGCUGCUCCCCGACUUCCGACAGGGUUAGGGACCGACAUCCAGGUCGUAAGUCGGAAAUGCUUAAAUAACACAUAGAAAAUCGAAAAUGGG